AUGGCGAAGUCUGCCGUGGCACUGGGCGUGGGUGCGACCCUGGGCUCUUUGGCCUUCAUCACGCCCUCUGCGCCGAAUUCCCUCCGCGGCUCCGCGCCCGCGUCCGCGGCCGCAUCGAACGCAUCGUCCACCGCAACUCACGGCGCGGCAGCCACGGCGGUGGCGACGGCGGCACUGGCACUGGUGGCCGGGCGACGUGCAGGCAGGAAGCCGGACCGCAUCAUCCUGGGGGCGGAGGAGAAGUUUGCCGGCGGGCUCAUCGGCGGGGAGUCUGCCUUCGCGGGCCAGGAUUUCAACUUUGACCCGCUGGGACUCGCCGCGAAGUGCGAGAAGUUCCUUCCUUGGUUCAGGGAGGCUGAGCUGAAGCACGGCCGCAUUGCUAUGCUCGCCUGGGUUGGCCUGGUGGUGCCCGAGUUCGUGCGCAUCCCCGGGCCGGAUGCUUGCUAUGGCGCCAAGACUGUGGUGGAAGCCCACAACGCCUGCGCCGGGGAUCCCUACUUCCCCUUCAUCAUUGACGCCACGGACUUCUACAACAAGGAUGGCCAUCAGGUGGGCCCCCUCUUCCAGGUCUUUGCCUUCUGCGGGGUUGUGGAGAUGUUGACCACCUUCGCGAAGACGGCCAACGUGUCCAACAAGCCGGGCCUGACCUUGGAGAAUGCCGGGGACUACCGCCUGGGAGCCAACUUCCUGCCGCAGGACGAGGCCAAGGUGAAGGAGAUGAAGCUGAAGGAGCUGAAGAACGGCAGACUUGCCAUGCUCGCCUUUGGUGGCGCCAUCACCCAGGCCACUCUGACGGGCAACGGCUUCCCCUGGCUCUACGCGCAGAAGGAGUCGACUUCCUCCGCCUUUGCAUCCUCCGUGUCCCCGGCCAAGAAGUCCUUCAGCGGGAGGUCCAAGGUGGCCCGCCGCGCGGAGAGUGGGUACAAGAUGAGCCCGGCGGUGCCCUUCCUGCCUAUGUCCCCGGCCUUGGAGGGUAUCCCCGGCGAGGAGGAGGGUUUCGACCCCAUGGGCUUCUCCCUGGCCAUCGACAUCAAGUGGCUCCGCGAGGCGGAGCUGAAGCACGGGCGCGUGGCCAUGCUCGCCACCGUGGGCUGGAUCGCCACGGACCUGGGCCUCCGCGUGCCGGGGGAGCCCUUCCAGGUCUCCACCGUGGAGGCACACGAUGCGAUGGUGAAGUUCGGGUCCAUGCCGCAGAUGCUGGUCUGGAUGGGCUACGCCGAGCUCUUCGGGUUCCUGGCCAUCAUCAACAUGCAGGAGGGCAAGACGGACCGCAAGCCCGGCGACUUCGGGCUGCGGGGCUUCUACCCGCAAGACGCCAAGGGCCAGUAUGAUAUGCAGGUGAAGGAGCUGCGCAACGGGCGCUUGGCUAUGCUGGCGUAUGGCGGCAUCGUCACCACCGCGGUGCUCACCCAGGAGAAGUGGCCCUUCUUCGACGCGGUGGUGAACGCCCUGCCCAGCGACUCCGCCAAUACCUCCGGCGCGGCCUUCUGCGGCACCUCGUCCGCGCGGUCGACGGCCACAGCGGCGGUGCCCCGAAGGGCAGCCACCAGCAAGUCUUUGCCCUUCCUGCCGAAGCCCGAGAACCUGGGUGGCCUGCCAGGCGGCGAGGCGGAGUUCGACCCCCUGGGCUUCUCGGACACCUUCGACGUAAAGUGGCUGCGGGAGAGCGAGCUCAAGCACGGGCGUGUGUGCAUGCUGGCCACCGUGGGCUUCGUGGCGGAGCAGUUCUUCCAGUUCCCAGGCUUCGAGGCCUCUGAGGAUGCCUUGCAAGCGAUCUACACUGCCCCUCCCAACAUCACCGCACUCUUGCUGGUCGCGUGCGGCUACAUUGAGAGCUCGGCCUACGGCGGCAAGCUCACCAUGCUGGACAUGUUCGAGGGCGAUGGCGCCUCCCGUGCCCCGGGGGACCUGAACUUCGGGAAGCGCUUCCUGCCGGAGAACAAGGCGGAGGCCGACGUGUUGGCCACGAAGGAGCUGAGCAACGGGCGCUUGGCGAUGCUGGCCUUCGCGGGCAUGGUGCACCACAACCUGGUGGUGAAGGGCCCUCUGUUCCCUCUCUUCCCCGAGGGCUGGGCGGGCCCCCAGGGCUCCUGGGACUUGGACUCGACCGCCGGCGCGCUGAACAGCGGCUCCCUGGGCCUGUGA